AUGGCAGUGCCAUUGAGACUGCUGGUUCUAUGCUGGCUGUUUGGAGCAGGGUGUAGUCAGAGCUCUCCACCAUGGUUCCAGAACAUCACUACAACUCUGUUCAACUCCUCGGGAGACAUCCUCCUCGGGGGGCUCUUCCCCAUCAAUGAUCUCACCAGCAACUUGAGCCAGAGAGUAGAGCCGGACAGCAUUAGCUGUGACAGUAUUAAUACGUUUGGUUUGGGUAUGGCCCUGGUGAUGAAGUACACAGUGGAUGAGAUCAACGCCAACUCCACCCUACUCCCUGGCAUCAGGCUGGGCUAUGAGAUUUUCGACACCUGCAAGCAGUCUGCCGUCAUCGUGAAGCCCACCCUCUUCUUCCUCACAGAGGGCUCCAGCCGGGAGCUGGCCAUCAUGUGUAACUACACGGACUACGUGACCCGUGUGGUGGCUGUUAUCGGCCCUUCCACCUCAGAGAUGGUCUCAGUCAUAGGAAAACUACUGGGAUUCUUCCUCAUGCCACAGAUCAGCUACAGUGCCACCAGUGACAAGUUCAGUGACAAGAGUCUGUACCCAUCGUUCCUGCGCACAGUGCCCAGUGACAAGAGGCAGGUGGAGGCCAUGGUGCGUCUGAUGAACAGGUUCCAGUGGAACUGGGUAGCUGUCGUGGGCAGUGAGGAUGAGUAUGGACGUCAGGGCCAGCGCCAGUUUUCUACCCUGGCAGCAGAGAGCUCCAUCUGUGUGGCGUACGAGGGGUUAAUCCCCAUCUAUAGAGACCCACAGCCUGUGGUCAGAGAGAUGCUGGACCGCAUCAUAGAGAGCAAAGUGGGUGUGGUGGUGGUGUUCUCUCUCUCCCAGCCCGCCAGAGCCUUCUUUACUGAGGUAAUCAGGAGGAAUCUGACAGGGGUCUGGGUGGCCAGCGAUGCGUGGGCCCUGAACAGUGACUUGUCAACUCUCCCAAACAUCCACACUGUGGGCACUAUCAUUGCCUUCACAGUCCACAGCCAGAUCCUGGGCCUGCUCACACCCUACACCAGGGAACUCUUCUCCAGGAUCAGAGAGGAGAGGGCCAGGCAGCCCUCACCAGGUCCAGAUACAGAGCCAACCCAUAGUAUGAACCCAUGCACAGACUGCUGGAACCUGUCCCUAGACAACAUAAGUCUAGUGACAAAGCCCAUACUGCAGAGGUCAGCUUUCAGGGUCUAUGCUGCCAUCUACAGUGUUGCACACGCACUGCACACCAUGCUCAGGUGCAAUGCUAAGAGCUGCCUGAGGGACACUAAAAGCAAACUCUACCCCUGGCAGCUGUUGGAGGUGCUCAAGGAGGUUAACUUCAGUCUAAAUGGAAGUCAUUUUGAGUUUGACAGUAAUGGAAACCCAAACAUUGGCUACAACGUACUACAGUGGGUCUGGGGAAACAACAGUCUGAGUUUCAAAGAUGUCGGCACCUUCUAUGAGAACCUGUCAAUCAAUAACACCCUCAUCCAAUGGCAUACAGUAUGUGCUAAGGCCCCUGAGUCUACCUGUUCCUCUGAGUGUGGCCCUGGCCAGGUGCGCAGAGUGAAAGGCUUCCAUUCCUGCUGCUUUGACUGUAUUGACUGUUUACCGGGCACCUUCCAGAAUGGCAGAAUGGACAUCCAGUGUACCCAGUGUCUAGAGGGCCAGUGGUCCCUGGUACGUAGCACCAACUGCACCGAGCCUACCUUUGACUUCCUAACCUGGGGCCAGCCUGAGUCCUUGGGGCUGCUGCUAGCCAUGCUGGUGCUGCUGGCCUGUCAGGGGGCUGUGGGGGUCCUGUUCCUGCAGCACCGGGGUUCUCCGCUGGUGAGGGCCUCUGGGGGGCCCCUGGGUGGUGUGUCCUUACUCAGCAUGAUGGGGGGCUGUGCCUGCCUGCUGCUGUUCCUGGUCCGGCCAGGGGACAUGGUGUGUCGUCUGCAGCUUCCCCUCAGCUCCAUCUUCCACACGGUCACCUUGUCCACCAUCUUAGCCUUCUCACUGCAGAUUGUGUAUGUGACCGAGUUCCCUGAGAAGGCUCCGUCUCAUCUGGAUACACUGAGAGGCCCUGGAGGCUGGCUGCUGGUACUGGCCUGCUGUGGUGUGCAGGCAGGGAUCUGUGGCUAUUAUGUCCAGGAGGGGCCCUCUUUAUCCCAGUACCUGGCCAAGAUAAAGGUGACCUUUGUGAGAAAGUUCCUACGAUGCCCUGUGGAGCCCAUCUUAUGUCUUGGCCUGAUGCAGGGCUUCAAUGGGCUCCUCGCCCUCAUAUCCUUCAUGUGCACCUUCAUGGCUGUGAAGCCCAUUCGACAAUACAACCUGGCCAGAGAUAUCACCUUCUCCACCCUGACCUACUGUGUGGUUUGGGUGGUCUUCAUCCCCAUCUACACUGGUCUGAAUGACAAGGAACGCUCCAUUGUCCAUGUAUCUGUCAGUUUGCUCAGUAACAUGGGGCUGAUGGCAGCCUACUAUCUGCCAAAAUGUCACCUGCUGCUGAAGAAACCUGAGCUCAACACAGCAGAGCAUUUCCGUACAUUCCUCGAGGGAGCUCCAGGAACUCAAGAGGAACAGGACCAGGGACCUGCGGGGGAGGGACAAGUAUCAGGGAAGGGACAGGUAUCAGGGGAGGCACAGGGACAGUGAAAUGUAUUAUGUUUAAUGUUUCAAUAAUAUAUACAAUUUAAUUUAGCAUGUUAUACAUUUCAUGUGCAUGUAUACUAGUUUGAUUGAAUGAUUUCGGUUAUUUAUCUUUGCAGAAAUUGUGAGUAAACGCACUGUAAAGGAGCAGGGCCAUGCACAGACCUUUCAGGGGGUGCUCAAAAUGAAAAAUAAAUAACAUACCAAAUAUCUCUAACAAUUUUUUGUUCUUGCAUAGGCCUAUUUAUUUCUGCAACAACACACUCAUCAUCACAAACUGUAAGGAAGCUAGUAACAGUGCCUCCUAAAGAUAUGAUUGACAUCGGGAAAAGAGGAUGGGCUAUCAGCUGACCAUUGAUGUUGAUGAUUGAUGUAAAUAUACUAGUUAUGUAGCUCCAUUUCCUUUGGUGAUUGUGAUGUACCUUUCUAUAUCUUUCUGCCUACCUCUACUGCGUGUACCAGACAACCAGACCAGAUAUUGAAGAUGAUGAAGGCUAAAUGAAGUGUUUAUCAAAUGUUAUGAUUAUGUAGCAGUACUGUUGGUAUUUAAACUAGCUAGUUAGCUACACAUGCUAGAACGGUGAGCGCAUCUCUCAAGCCAUGCAUGUUUGCAUACCAGGUAUGAGCAAUCUCCAUAGAGCCCCACAGUGGAGGUGUCAUAAUACCCAUAAAACCUAGAGAUCAAACAGGGAAAUGGUAUCCAAUC